ACAAAUGCGGACGCCAUAUUGCUUACGCGACCGUUACCGCCAAUAUACUGCGUUGCAACGAUUCGUUGCUUGCUUUGUAACCGCCAAAAUAGUUAAACUUUCUUUUCGGAGUUGUAGUCGUUUUUUUUCUUGUAUGUUUCGAAUAUUUUUUAUCAGUCCUAUAUAAUUUACGUUUUCGUACAUAUUCUGGUAUCUGUGUGUUACUAUGUCAAGACAAUACUGUUUUCUCUGUGCGAGCGACGAAGGCGUUUUCUUGGAUAUUACGGAUGACAACAAGAAAUUAUUUCACGAGCAAUUCACAAUCUGCUCACUCGAUACGGUACCUAAAGUAGAUCAAUUGCCAACUAAAAUUUGUCACAAAUGCGCAUAUGAGUUAAACCAGUGUAGUUCCUUUGUAAGCAAAUACAAACGUUGCAUUACAUUACAAAAGAGAAAGAUUCGCAAGAAUUGUUGCGGUUUAUGUUUUGAAUCUGUAAAGAAGGAACAUGUUUUCGAUCUCAGUGAAGAUACUUUAAAACAUAAUUUGUUCCACAAAAUACAAAGACUUUUUAACAAUGAAUUCGAAAAAUUUGAGGAAGCUUGUGAACUUGUAUGUUUGUCUUGCCGGUACACAGUGGAUGUGUUAUUCGAUUUGAAGAACCUAUCUCAAGAAAUUGCAUACAAUCUGAGAGAUAUAAUCAACAAAGAAAUAGAUUAUUCAAAUUUCCCCAAGAUUAAUACAGCUGUAAUAAGUCGCAAAACUACUAUCACUGAUUCUGCUAGAACAGCUCUAUACACGUUGCAGGAUUCUGAUACAGAAUUUAGCAAAAUGACGCGUACAAGAUCUCAGAAGAACAAACUGAAUGAUACCAACUCAAGUGACAAACCAAAACUAAAAAUCUGUGAAAAAUGUCAGAGCACCUUUAAAACUACUAACAAUACGUCCAAAUCUAAAAAAUCAGCAGGUCUUGUCUGCAAAAGUUGUUUGGCAGAAACAGGUUCCGAUACAAAUGACAUUAAUAAGCAGCAGAGUGUUACAGAAACCAAAUUUUGUAAAGUUUUUCUAAAAGAUGUAUUAAAAGAUGAAACAGUAAGUAAUCAAAAUCUUUACAAAGUCAAAGAAGAUGGCGAGGGGAAGAAGAAAUACAUUGUAACGGACAAGGUAUUGCCAGAGGAAAAUAGUAAAACACAAGGUGAGAAAUCUCCUAAAAUAGUUAAUGACAUAGAAAGUAACGCAGCAAAGCAGGGUCAAAAACGUACUCUUAGAAGUAUGAGAACCGAAAAUACAGAUAAUAAAGAGAUUGCAAAUAAGAGAUUAAGAUCUAACGUAAAACAAAAAAAUACAGAUUCUAAGUCGACAUCUUUGACCGAGACUUUUGUAAAAAGACCGAACUUGCGCGGACAAAAAAUUGAUAAACGUAAUACUAAUCAACGUCCUGAUUCGGACUCCACAUUAACAAACAAUGUAAACGAAUAUAAGCGUAAACUAACUAAACAUAAACGAGCAACUGAUGCAUCUUUGUCUGAUGCGGAUGUUGACAAUAAUCCCGAUCGUAAAAAGUUAAAGAGUAUCUUGGCAGGUAACAUUGUGAUAAAAAAUUUAAAUCCGCCAUCGUCUGUGUACGAUAGAUUAAGGAAGAAGAGUAUAAGAUUUGUAAACCCGGCACCAAUUAUGAUCGAUCUGACUAACCGAGAUGUUACGGAAGAAAGUUCUCGAAGAAAGGAGUUGGCGUUAAAAUCGAAACCGUCUUCGAUUAAAAAAACGUCCGAAAAAUCGGAUGACUCUGAGUCUGAUAACAAAGAAACCGAAGACGAUAAGAGUGAGACAUAUACUUGCGAAGAAUGUGGAGCUAAUCACGAGACGAAACUUACGUGGUUGUCGCACAAAUUGACACAUUAUAAACAACCGAAAUUGGAAUUGGAAAAAGUGAAUGUCGAUGAUACGACAAAAGAUACCGUGAGCACGAAAGAAGCGGUGGAAGAUCUGUGCGAAGAUCAGUCCGAGACUAUAGCAAUUAGAGUAGAUGAUGACGAGGAAGAAGCAGUAACGGAUGCAACUAAUCUAGACACGAGUGUUACAACGGAGAAAAUUCAGUCCUCUAUGAAGGAAUCAAAUGAAAUCGUUGAUGUGGAAUCUGUAUCGGAUGAUCACGACUCCGAUCACGGUCAACAAACGGAGAAUAAAGUCGAGAAAUCGCAAAGCCAAGAAGAUGCUGAGACAACUGUAACCAAAUCAACGCCAGAAAAAGUAAAACGUAGUUCAAGGAAGAGCGGAAGCAGGAAACGUUUGUAUUCGCCGAGAAGUAGAAGAAGGAGCCGCAAAAUUACUAAUCAGAAUAUCGAUAAAAAGGAGGAUAAGUCUGAGACAGAAAACAAUUCAAGUACAGAAGAAGAUAUGACUACGUUGCCCGUAGAGGAUGAAAAUGUUAGGACAAAAGAAAAUGAAGACAUUUCGCUUACACCGAUCAAAAAUGGGCAGGCAAAGGAAAAUGAGGAUAAUUUGCUCGUGCAGAAUGAGAAAAAUUUGGACAACGAACAAAAUAAAGACGAGGAGGAAAACGUUGAGAGGACGACAGAGGAAAGACCUGCAGUAUUGGAAUCGGAACAAAAAGAAACGCAAAAGGAUGACGAUGUUGAUGGCGAAAAAGAAACUGCAGAAACCCAGGAUGAAAGUGAGAUCGUUGAUAAAGAAACAAAUGAUAAAGAGAGUGAUACAGACGAACAAGAAGAUGUGGCAAAGGAUAAAGAAAGCGAGACAAAUGAUAAAGAAAGCGAGGCGAUCGAUAAUGAAAGUGAGACGAUCGAUAAAGAAAGUGAGACGAUCGAUAAAGAAAGUGAGACGAUCGAUAAAGAAAGUGAGACGAACGAUAAAGAAAGUGAGACGAUCGAUAAAGAAAGCGAGACGAACGAUAGAGAAAGUGAGAUAAACGAUAAAGAAAGCGAGACAAACGAUAAAGAAAGCGAGACAAACGAUAAAGAAAGCGAGACAAACGAUAAAGAAAGCGAGACAAACGAUAAAGAAAGCGAGACAAACGAUAAAGAAAGCGAGACAAACGAUAAAGAAAGCGAGACAAACGAUAAAGAAAGCGAGACAAACGAUAAAGAAAGCGAGACAAACGAUAAAGAAAGUGAGACAAAUGAUAAAGAGAGUGAGACAAAUGAUAAAGAGAGUGAGACAAAUGAUAAGGAAAGUGAAACAAUUGAGGAAGAAAGCGAGGCAAUUGUUGAAGAAAGCGAGGCAAUUGUUAAAGAAAGCGAGGCAACUGAUAAGGAAAGUUCGAACGGAGUGAAAUCCAGCAAAGAUUGCAGCGAUGAAUCUCCAGCUAAAGAUGUCGCAGGUUCUUCUAAAACAGUCAAACGAAAGUGUAUAGAAGUGGAAGAUUCGAGCGACGAAGACAUAAGGAUCGUUAAUGUAAACAGUUCGAAGAAGACGGCGAAGGAAAAGUCGAGCGAUCGCACGGAAAACGUAGACUCCAGCUCCGAAGAUGAGAUUGAAUGCACACAGGUAGAAAAUGACAAGCCUCUGGUGACGAAAGAGGUGAUUGUAUUAUCCGAGACGAACAGUUCGACUUGCAACGAUGACGUCGAGGAAGUCGAAAUUAGGGAACAGAAAAAGUCGGCAAAAGAUUCCGCCGAUGCGGCGGCAGAGGUGUUGCAAGAAGUUCUCGAUUUGGCGAGCGCGGAGGUUGAAAAACGCAAUGAAACUGUCGACGAUAAUACCGAAAACGAUUCGGCCGACAUGGAAACUUUAGAAAACAUAUCGCGCGAAAUACGUAACAGCGAGAACGCGUCGCCUCUGAAAUUGAACAGUAGUCAGACUACUGUUACUUCUUCAUAAGUUGCGUGUAGGCGUUUAUAUCGUACGAACAUUAUAUUUUACCUGCUUUUAUUACUCAAACUGCUCACUGCAUCACAAAUUCCACUCUACCGUAAAAUCAUUUUAUAAUUAAAAUUUGUAGAUUGUUUGAUCGGCGACUCGAAUUUUGACAAAAUGUGUGAUUUACUGUUCGUUUUUUGACAUAGUAUACAGGAAUGUGGGGACCCAUUUCGGAGAUAGAUUCUACGCAAGAAAACAAUAACAAACAGGACACAUGUUUACGUGAACUUUUGUUAUUUGUUUUUUUGCGUAGAAUCCAUCUCUGAAAUCACCCUGCGUAUUUAAAAAGUUGACGCUUGACGAGCGAAGAAAUUACGAAGUAUUUCAAAGGCCAUGAAUAGACUUAGACUUGCUCCUGUGGAAACUCAAGUGUCAACUUUCCACAUCUAUACGGUAGUUUUUGCACAGGUUUGUUUUGUGAGGAAGAAAUCGAUUGAUACACGAAAAGGAUAUGCUUAAAGGUAUGACAUAUACAUGACUCAUUUAAAGUAAAUCAUUAAUUUGUAUAGAGUAAUUUUAUUGAAUUACAGUAUCGUUCUUAAUAGCGCAACAAAAAUACUUGUUGAAGAAUUAAUUUUAUAAGGGCUAACAGAAGGAUGAUUGAUUGUUGUGGUUAAUCAUUUUUGUAAAUUUACGAAUUUAAUGAAUGUUUAUUGUCCCGGAAUGCUCAUUUAUUUUACUUUGCGUUUACUUUAUUAAAUCCCGUCCUCUUGCUUGCAGCCUAGCAAGGACGUGUGAGGUAUUAAUGAAAUUUCUCUCGCAAUUAGUAUUUUCAAAUUUUAACGAUUAAUUCUUUAAAGUAUUAUUUUUAAAAACGUUCUUUAUUAGUAUGCAAUGCGUGAAACUCGCGACAAGAAGUUUCUGAUAUAAUAGUACAAAGUCAAGGCGAUGAUUUGGGUGAUUGAACUUUGUUUCAACUAACAUAAUCGAUUUAAUGAAUUUCAUUCGAAUGAAAGUUUCGCGCGCAUAUUAAUCAGUAUGUUUAAGGCUUUUAUAGUUGCUUCUGUACGAUGUAAUCUCGAAGAACUGUCUGAAGGCUUUAUUGUUGGUCAGCGAUUUCGCUAUUCUCAUUAAACGUUCGCCACAUUUCAUUUCAUUUCUUAUCUAUCGCAGAGUCACAAUGUAUAUGCUGAAUGAAUGAUUGGUCUUAGAUUAUCUUGCACCAGUGUUCAAGGGACCGCAAUCGAGCCCAUUAAUUAUAGUUAAUGUGUUACGUCACAUUGUUUUUUCCAAAUACACAUUGAUGUUCAUGAAGUUUCACGUUCACGUUUUGCACAAUAGUUCCGAUAAAUGUUCCUGGG